CAUUUUCAGCACGCAACGCAAGUUCAAAGUCAAACAGCUUGCUGUUAAAAGAAGGGCAGUUUGUAUCACUUAAGUGUGUAAGGACGCAGCAUGAAGCCAGCCCAUAUCCUGGAAAGGUCCUCCCCCUCCACAUUCUAUCCACAUGAUUGCUACACGAGAGUGGCCCUAUCUGCAGGCAAGCUGGAGAGUCCCAGAGCCUGCUGCACGGCAGACUACACUACACGCGCCCAGCUGUGGCCCUGCUGUGAAGAGGCCGGACUCGUGUGAUGGCUCCAUGUUUUGGGAUCCUGUUCUUGGCUUUCGCCCUAGGAGGGCUGCUGCAGGACGCCGGCGGGGCUGCCCAGCCUGGCGUGGGACAAACCAGCGCAAGGAACUGCUCAGCGACACCUCCGUAUCUUCCUCCCACUGCAGUCAACACCUCGCUUAGGCUCCAGGCUCUGAGGAAGGAGAUGGAGCCCCUAAACAUCCGCGCCUACAUCAUUCCGGCCACCGAUGCCCACCUGAGCGAGUACAUUGCAGAGCGAGACGCCGGGCAUACCUGGAUCUCGGGGUUCAGCGGCUCCGCAGGCACGGCAGUGGUGACGCAGGGGAAGGCGGUUCUGUGGACCGACAGCCGGUACUGGACCCAGGCCGAGCGCCAGAUGGACUGUAACUGGGAGCUGGUCAGGGCCUCUUACAUCGACAGCAUUGCAGACUGGCUGAUCCAAGAGCUUGCCCAGGGGGAGCAGGUCGGGUUCGACCCCUUUCUCUUCUCCAUAGACACAUGGAAGGCUUACAGCAGGAAGCUGGACCCAGCCAAUCGCGUUUUGAAGUCCCUGCCCUAUAACUUGAUUGACAAGGUGUGGAAGGACCGCCCUGCUGCCCCUUCAGAGCCAAUCACAAAGCUGCCUGACAGCGUCACAGAGAGGACCUGGCAGAUGAAGGUGGAAGAGAUCCGACAGCAGAUGAGGAAGAACCCCUACAAGCCCACCGCGGUCCUGCUCUCUGCGCUGGAUGAGACUGCCUGGCUCUUCAAUCUGAGAGGGAAAGACAUCCCCUACAACCCCUUCUUCUACUCGUACACGUUGCUGGCCCUCGACCGGAUCUGGCUUUUCUUACACCCAGGUCGCGUGACCAAAGAGAUUGAGGAAUAUCUGGAUGCGGGCUGUCAAAGUGCAAACUGCACUCAGAUACUGUCCUACGAAGAUGUACGGGCAAAUAUUGUGAACUAUGUUAACGUGACCAUCGGCGUGAGAGUUUGGAUUGGAACAGAAUACACGAACUAUGCUUUGUAUGAGCUGAUUACCCCAGAGGAGAAGAUCCUGACCAGCGCCUACUCUCCUGUCCUCAUCACUAAAUCAGUGAAGGACGCCACCGAGCAGAGAGCCCUGAGGAAAGCUCAUGUGAGGGAUGCAGUGGCCCUGAUCCAGCUGCUCGUGUGGCUGGAGGAGAGCGUGCCCGCGGGGAAGGAGACCGAGCUGUCCGCCGCCCGCUAUGUGGAAGAAAAGCGCAGUAUGCAGGCUAACUGUGUAGGACCCAGCUUUGCAACCAUAUCUGCCAGCGGACCAAAUGCUGCUCUGGCUCAUUACAGCCCCAGCAACGAGACCAACAGGAACCUGCGUGUUGAUGAGAUGUAUCUCAUUGACUCUGGAGGCCAGUACCUGGAUGGAACCACUGACAUCACCCGCACAGUGCACUGGGGCACGCCCACAGACUUCCAAAAGGAGGCAUUCACCAGAGUGCUGAUGGGAAAUAUCGAUCUAUCAAGACUUGUCUUCCCAGCUGGGACUAGAGGUAUUAACAUCGAGAUGCUGGCACGGAGGGCACUGUGGGAAGUGGGUCUGAAUUAUGGCCAUGGAACAGGUCAUGGCAUCGGAAACUACUUCAGCGUCCAUGAAUGGCCUGUAGGCUUUCAGUCCAAUAACGUUCCAUUCGAAAAGGGAAUGUUCACCUCUAUAGAGCCUGGGUAUUACCAAGACAAUGAGUUUGGCAUAAGAAUAGAAGAUGUUGCUGUUGCAGUAGAAGCAGAAACAAAAUUUGGCUGGUCUUACCUGACAUUUGAAACGGUGUCGCUGGUCCCGUAUGACAGGAAGCUGAUAGACGCCUCCCUCCUGAGCAGAGAACAGGUGGACUGGCUGGACAGGUACUACCGCCAGAUCCGCAAGGAGCUGGUGCCGGAACUGGAGCAGCAGGGCCUGAGGAAGGAGCGGGACUGGCUGAUGAGACACACCGAGCCCUUCACCCCCGCCGGGGCUGGCCUGGCACUCCCCUCCCUCACGCUGGUCGGCGCAGCCCUGUCCGCUCUGUCUCUGGGGCACCUGCUGUGACCUCACACCGCUGCGGAGUCUCCACACCAGGAAUAAACACUGGGAGCACUGGACACUCUCGUCUUGGCUUUUGGUCAAUGAUUUCUGUCAAACUGGAUGCCUUCAAUUAAAUCCUGCUUAUCUCUGAACUUA